UCCGCGGCCUAUUUACCCAAGUUAGAGCUAGGGGCCUGUGGAAACAUGAAGAGGGUAAAUAGCUGUGUGAAGAGUGAUGAGCAUGUCCUGGAGGAGCUGGAAACAGAAGGGGAGAGGCAGCUGAAAAGCCUCCUUCAGCAUCAACUUGAUACCAGUGUCUCCAUUGAGGAAUGUGUAUCUAAGAAAGAGAGCUUUGCUCCUGGUACUAUGUACAAGCCCUUUGGGAAGGAAGCAGCUGGGACUAUGACUUUGUCCCAGUUCCAGACACUGCAUGAGAAGGACCAGGAGACUGCUUCUCUCAGGGAACUAGGGCUUAAUGAGACAGAAAUCUUGAUUUGGAAGAGCCAUGUUUCAGGUGAAAAGAGGGCGAGACUUAGGGCAACCCCUGAAGCGAUACAGAACCGUCUUCAAGAUAUUGAGGAAAGAAUCUCAGAGCGUCAGCGCAUCCUUUGCCUGCCACAGAGAUUUGCAAAGAGCAAACAGCUGACCCGGCGAGAAAUGGAAAUAGAAAAUUCUUUAUUUCAGGGAGCUGAUCGUCACUCCUUCCUCAAGGCUCUUUAUUACCAAGCAUACCACAAAAAGACAAGUGCAGACAAGUACAUGACCUCAAUGAAGAGGAAGAUAAAAUUAGGCACAAAAGAUGAACCCCAAAAGAAGAACAAAGGUGAUCCCAUGAACAACCUGGAAAAUUUUUACCAAGAGAUGAUAAUGAAAAAACGUCUUGAAGAGUUCCAACUAAUGAGAGGUGAACCCUUUGCUUCCCACUCACUGGUCUCAGCUACAUCAGUGGGAGAUAGUGGCACAGCUGAGAACCCGUCAUUACUCCAGGACAAGGGAAAACAGGCAGCACAGGGUAAAGGUCCCAGUCUCCAUGUGGCAAAAGUUAUUGAUAAUUCACCUGAGCAGUGUUGGACGGGGCCUAAGAAGCUGACGCAGCCAAUAGAAUUUGUCCCAGAAGAUGAGAUCCAGAGAAAUCGUUUGUCAGAGGAAGAGAUCCGAAAAAUUCCUAUGUUUUCUUCAUAUAAUCCAGGGGAGCCAAACAAGGUGUUAUACCUGAAGAACCUUAGCCCUCGGGUGACCGAAAGAGAUCUUGUCUCAUUAUUCGCUCGGUUCCAGGAGAAGAAAGGACCUCCAAUUCAAUUCCGAAUGAUGACUGGACGAAUGAGGGGGCAGGCUUUUAUCACUUUUCCCAAUACAGAAAUAGCAUGGCAAGCAUUGCGUCUAGUAAAUGGAUAUAAACUACGUGGGAAAAUAUUGGUGAUAGAAUUUGGAAAGAACAAAAAGCAGCAUUCAGAUCUCCAGGCUGCUUCUCUAAUAUCAUCUACUACAGAUAAUACUACAGAAAUCAGUGGCAGCUAGAAGACAUAAAGAUUGUGAGUCCCAGGAGGUCUUUCUUGCAUCAGAAUCUCGGAUCAAGGAUUUGUAUAUAGAUAGCAGUUUAUUUGGAAUUGAAGAAGAGAAGCUAACUGAGGGAGAGAAAACUGAAUUAAAAUCCCUUUCAGCUUUUGGAAAGAAUUGGUAGAAAACAUUUUGUAUAAUCAAACACUCUCUAGGAUAGACAAUAUAAGUAUGGAGGGUAGGGAAUAAAAAGUAUCAUUUUCUCAGGAUAAAUUACAGUGGAUUACUUCCAAGAGUUUUUUUUAAUCAUUAUAAUUUAUAUGAGGUCUUAAAUAUUUGUCCCUAGAGAUAACAUGCUUUCAAGACUGCCUCCUAUAUAUACAAAACUAAAAAACUAAUUAAGUGUUGAAAUAUUUAUUUCUAGAGCCCAUUUGUCCCUAAUUUUAUUUUCCUAGUAAAUAAAUGACCAAGACUCCAGGCCUAAACAUCAGCAAAUGCUCUUGAAUGAGACCUAUCAGCAGUAACAGUAGGUAGUUUUCAUAAGUUAGUCGACAUAUUUAAUGGACAUUUCCCUAUUAAGUUAUCACUGUCUUCAAAUAGCUUUAUAUUUUUUCUAAUGAAAGAAUUUAGAUCAAAACAUUAAUGUUCUCAUAGUCAUUUAAGCUAGCUACCAUUGAGUAAUGAUUGACUUCAAAGCAAUAAACAUUGAAUCAUUGUCUGUUACAUGUUAGGGAUUAGAUAUAUUAAUUUUAGAAGAGGAACAUACUAGCAAAGAACACUAAAGAGGGGUAGAAAUAAAGAGCUCUCUAGAAGAGAGGCAGCCUACCCCAAAUCCCCCAGUUGUUUUUUUGUAGUUGCUGGAGAAUAGAAAGAUGAUAUGAUAUAGAGGAAGUAGUACAAACUUUGGAGUCAGACCUAUUUGAACUUCACAGCCAUACUUACAACUCUGUGACCUUGGCAAGUCACUUAAUCUGAGCCUCAGUUUUCUCAUCUAUAAAAAUGAGGAUAAUAAUACUACUUACCUCAUUGGGUUGUGAUGUUUAAUGGGAUAAUUGUAUCCAGGUUGAAGAUCAGAAAGAAAAAAGAAUGAAAAUUUAACGGGGUAAAGAACCAUUAAGCACUCGAACAUACUUGUAAUGGGAAUAUCAGAGAAAGAUAGGAGCAGAGAAAAUAUUCCAAUAAAUAAUGGCUGUAAACAUCCCAAAUUUGAUGAGAAACAUUAUCUACACAUCUGAGAAAUCUCAGUGAACCCCAAUUAGGAUAAACAAGAAGAAAUCAACAACAUACCAUAAUAAGAAUGCUAAAACCCAAAGACAAAGAGAAACUUUUGAAAGCAACAUGAGACAUCUGAAGCCACUUACAAGGGAACCUCAAUAAGAGUAAUAGAUGACUUCUCAUCAGAAACAAUGGAGGUGGCAGUGGGAAAACAUAUUCAAAGUGCUGAAAGAAAAAGACUGUCAAUAUAGAAUCCUAUAUUCGGUAAAGCUGUUUUUCAAAAAUGAAGAUGAAAUAAAGACAUUCCCACAUAGUCAAAAACUGGGAGACUAUGUUGCUGUCAGACCUGACUUACAGGAAAUAUUAAAGGAAGUUCUUCAGGUGGAAAGCAAGUGACCUCAGACAGUAAUUUGAAUCUACACAUCUAAAAAUUAGCAUGGGUAAAGGUAAUUAUGUAAUUAUAAAAGACAGAAUACAUUUUUCCUUUCUUAAUUGAUUUAAAAAGCUAUUUUAUAAGACAAUAUGUAUAUAGUUGCAUUGUUGGAUCUAUAACAUAUAAAACUGUAACAUAUUUACCAAUAACAAGACAAAGGAAGUGGGUGGAAACAAAGCUGUAUUGGAUUAAAGAAAUGACUCUAAGAUGGUAACUCAAAUCCACAGGAACAAAUGAAGAAAAUAAGAAAUGGGAAAUAAGAAGGUUAAUAUAAAAAAGUUGUAAAUAUAUACUUGCUCUUUCUUCUCUCUGCUUCUUUAAAAGACAUAAAAUUAUAUUAAGUAAUAAUUAUAAUGAUGUAUUAUUGGGUUUGUAAUGUAGAAAUAAUAAUGAUAAUAACAAUAAUACCACAAAAAGUGAGAAAAGAAAUAGGCUUAUAUAAGAAUAAGGUUUUUAUAUCUCAUUGGAAUUUAGUUAGUAUAUAGCUGAAGCCAAUUAAGUUAAGAUGUGUAUGGUAAACCCUAGAGCAACCACUAAUGAAAUAACUAAAAAUAUAUAGUGAAAAUAUUAAAGACGUUUAAAUGUUUUAUUAGAAAAUGUUCAAUGCAAAAGAAAGCAAAAAGGAAUGGAUAAACAAAAACUUGAGACAUAUUAGAAAAGAAACAGUAAAAUGGCAGUCAUAAGUCCACCUAUAUUAAUAAUAAAUAUGAAUGGAUUAAGCAAUCCAAUCAAAAGUCAGAGAUCAUCAAACUGGAAAAGAAAACAACAAAACUUAUCUCUAUGCUAUUUAUUGGAUUCACACUUUAGAUUCAAGGAUACAGACUGAAGAUUAAAGGAUAGAGAGAAAUAUCAGGCAUAUGGCAACUAUAAGAAAGCUGGAGUGACUAUACUAUUAUCUAAAGUCUAUUUUAAAUGGACUUUAAAACAAAAAAAUGUCACUGUAGAUAAAGAGUGACAUCUUAUAUUGAUAAAAGUCAAUCCAUCAGAAAGAUAUAACAAUUAUAAACACAUAUGCACCUAACAACAGAGUACCAAAAUACAUGAGUCAAAAACUGAAAUGAAUGGAGAAAUAUAAAAGUAUACAAUAAGAGUUGGGGAAUUAAGUACCCCAUUUUCAAUAAGAACUAGGCAGAAGAUGAACAAGGGAAUAGAAGACUUGAACAAUGCUAUAAAUCGACUAGACCUUAAAGAGACUUAUGGAACACUUGACCUAAGAAGAGCAGAAUACACAUUCUUCUCAAGUGCACAUGAAACAUCUCCAGGAUAGACCAUAUCACAUACCAUAAAACAAACCUCAAUAAAUUAAAGUGGAUUAAAACCAUGCAAAGUAUGUUCUCUGACCACAUGGAAUGAAGUUAGAAAUCAAUAACAGAAAGUUGGGAAACACAAGUAUGAAUUAGACACACUUUAAAAUGACCAGUGGGUUAAAGAAGGAAUUACAAGAUUAAUUUGAGAUGAGUGAAAAUGAACAUACAAAAUGCCAAAACUUCUGAGAUACACCUAAAACAGUGCUUAGAGAGCAAUGUAUACGUACAAAUGCCUAUAAUUUAAAAGAAGAAAGAUAACAUAUCGAUAACCUCACUUUACACCUCAAGACACUGGAAAAAGAGAAGGAAACUAGAAAAGGCAGAAGGAAGGAAAUAAGAGAUUAGAUAAAUAAAUGAUAUAGAGAAUAAAAAGUCAACAAAACCAAAAGUUGGUUCUGUAUAAAGACCAACAAAAAUGAUAAACCUUUCAGUAGGUUGACCAGGAAAUAAAGGAGACUCAAAUUACUAGGAUCAGAAAUGAAGGUGGGAGCAUUACUACCAACCUUAUAAAAAUUUAAAAUAAAAAUUAUGAAGGAACACCAUGAACAAUUUUAUGCCAAUAAAUUAGGUAACUUAUUUGAAAUAGAAAAAUUCCUAGAAAUACACGAACUACUGAAACCAAUUGUUGUGGGGUGGGGGGGGACAAAGAAAAUCUGAAGAUAACCUGUAAUAAGUAAAGUGGUUAAUUAGUAAUUUUUAAAAUACCCAUAAAGAAAAGCAUAGGCUCAAAUGGAUUCUUAGAUUAAUUCUCACAAACGUUAAAGAAGAAUUAAUACAAGUUCUUCACAAACUCUUCCAAAAAGUAGAAGAGGAGGGAACGCUUCUGAUACAUGCUACGAUGUGGAAGAACCCUGAAAACAUGCUAAAUGAAAGAAGCCACUCCAAAAGACUAUAUAUUAUAUGAUUCUAAAUAUACAGAGACAGAAAGUAGAUUAGUGGUUGCUUAGGGCUUCAGGUAAUAGCUGAAGUGUAUGGGGUUUCUUUAGAACUUGAUGAAAAUGUUCUAAAAUUGUGGUGAUGAUUGUACAACUCUGUGAAUAUACUACAAAUCAUGAAUUGUACACUUUAAAUGGGUGAAUUUUAUCUGAAUUAUAUUUUAAUAAAGUCACACACACAUACAAAUACUGGUUAUAACCUAAAUGUCCAUCGGUAUGAGAAUGGAUAAAUUAUGGCACAUCCAUUUAGUGGAAUACUAUACAGGCAUUAAAAUAAUGGGAUAUAUCUAUUAAUGCAUUCUGACCUGUAUGAUGUCCAGGUUUUUGUAAUAAAAAGUUAUUAUUUGUUAUUAUAUUUGUUAAAAAGUUAUAUAUAUAUAUAUAUAAAUACUUUUUUUUAUAAACAAAAGCAUUUGUGUAUGUAUGGUAUAUGUAUAUAUAGAUACUUCUGAAUAAACUUAGGAAAAAGCUGGGAAAUACACAUACCAAACUGUCAACCUUUUAGAGGUGGGAUUGCAUAGGCUGAAAGGGGACUUGCUUUAUAAAAUUUUUAAAGUGUGAUUUGGGCUGAUUUUUACUUUUUUCAGUAUUUUCUUAAAUAAAGAAAAUUUUAAUAUUCUGCCAGUGACUUGGCUUCCAGAAUAUUUGUCAGGCCUGCUCUGAGGAUAUCAUCUAACUAUACUCAGGACAAACAUCUAUUCCUUUGAUAUACUGCUCACUUAGGAUUAACUCCAAUUUAAAAUAUAGUUUAAAGGACAAGAAGUAAGUUAUACUGGUAUAACCUCUUGCACACGUUACCCAGGAGCAUACUUCUAAGCUGGACUUUUCUGAAGAAACUUCUUCCUGUUGGGUAUAAAAUCUCACCUCUGCCCUUUACUAGACCUGCAGACCAUUAACAAUAGAGGAAAAUAAAAAUGGAGGAUGUCCCUCAACUGGUGCAUAGAUAAACUGUGCUAUAUCCAUACAAUGGAACACUACUCAGCAAUAAAAACUAUUAUGAACUAUGAUACAUGCAACAACUUGGAUGAAUCUCAAAUGCAUUUUGCUAAGUAAAAGAGGCCAAACUCAAAAGGCUACUUACUGAUAGAUUCCAUUUAUAUAACAUUCUGGAAAGGAUGAAACUAUGGGAACAGAACAAAUCAGUGGGUGACGGGUUAAAAAUGAGAGACUGAUUACAAAAAGGUAGCAUGGGAAUUUGUUUUAAUAAUGGAAAUUAUCUGUGUCUUGAUUAUAAUUACAUGAGUGUAUGCAUUUGUCAAAACUCCUAGAAUUGUACACCAAAA